UCCGCCAGUGAUAGAAAAUGGCGGAGUCGGAGGAGGAGGUGGACGUCUUGGUCCAGAGAGUAGUAAAAGACAUCAGCAACGCGUUUAAAAGACAUCCUAACAUUGAUGAGAUUGGGUUCAUCCAGUGUCCUGAGGCCCGCUACAACCGCAGUCCUAUUGUUCUGGUGGAGAACAAGCUGGGUGUUGAGAGCUGGUGUGUCAAGUUUCUGCUGCCGUAUGUCCACAACAAGCUGCUGCUCUACCGCCAGCGCAAGCAAUGGCUGGACAGAGAAGCUUUAGUGGACAUCACCUGCACUCUGCUGCUGCUCAACCCAGACUUCACCACUGCCUGGAAYGUCAGGAAGGAGUUGAUGCAGUGUGGUGUUCUUAACCCGGAAAAAGACCUUUACCUCGGCAAGYUGACUCUCACCAAGUUCCCAAAGAGCCCAGAAACGUGGAUACACAGGCGAUGGGUGCUGCAACAUAUUCUGCAUCAGUUUUCUGCUGUGGACCACCACAAACAUCAGCAGGAGGUUGAAGCAGAGGUCGAUGCAGAAAGGACUCAACAUGUCAGCGAUCAACUGGCCCAAUUAAUUUAUGAAGAAAUGAAGGUGUGCUCUGACGCUGCCUGCCGGUAUCCCAGUAAUUACAAUGCUUGGUCCCAUCGCAUCUGGGUGCUGCGACACAUGGCCAAAGGCAACAUCAAGGUUUUCCACGAUGAGCUGUCAUCUCUGCGUCUGUGGGUGUCUAUGCACGUGUCUGACCACAGUGGGUUUCACUACCGCCAGUUCCUGCUCAAAGAGCUGCUCUCCGAACUAAGCCAGUCUCCAGUCKCCCCUAGCAACAGCAGUAGUCCUCAGACUAAUGGGGAUCUGUCAGGAGCCGAGGCAGCGUCUGAGAAGAGACAGCUGAUCUUCUCUACAGUCCAUCAGCUCUUCCACCAGGAGGCAGAACUGUGCUCAGACUUGAUUCAGUCCUUCCCUGGACACGAAACUCUCUGGAGUCACCGACGUCAUGUCUUUUACCUGUGGGACCAGUGGAAGAAGCAUCAAUGCAGCAGCAGUGGAGACCAUGACUUCAGUAACAAUGACUCAGGUGACCCCACAGGUCAAACAAGUGGCAGCGAGGAGGAUAGUCUGAACAGUCAGAGGCACACUGGUACACCUAUGGAGGUGGACCGGGUUUUCUUGGCAGACCCACAAGACAACAAGCGACUGAGGAGAGGUGUCCUGCCGUCCAUCCCCCUGACCCUGGAAACUGAACACGUGUUUAUUAACAGUAUACUGGACAGCUGUUGUAACUCUGAGCAGAGGAGCUUUGCUGUAGCAUACAGGAAGUGGUUAGACAUAGUCAUCAGUAUGCAAUCCUGAGACCACCCUUUCAACACUAAAGAUGCCUUUAGAUACAGAUUUAGAGUCAAGUUAGCUAUCAGUAGUGCUAAUUUCAGACAAUAGUACAUGAUAAAUUUUGAAUCGAGUCAUAGUACAGCCUACUUCCUGUCAGUGUGGAGAGUGGAUGGAGUGGAUUCUCAUCAUUAAGAACUAUUUGAGCGUGAUCUGAGCUGACACCUGUUGGUGUUUCCACACAGAACCAGUCGUGUGUCUGGUGUCAGACUCUCUCUCUCAGGUCUCUCAAUGCCUUAGGUCAAAUAUCUGUUGUUUUUAACUAAUAAACAGAUUCAUCAGCA